AUGGCUCCCCGAAACGUUGGCAUCAAGGCUAUCGAAUAUACUUCCCAAGCGGAGUAUUAUGGCUCCCAGGCCGAGUUGGAGGAAUUCCUUCAUGCUUACACCGGAAAUUCCACAAUCGGACUUGGCCAAACGGCUAUAAGCUUUUGUGAUGACCGAAAGGCUAACUAUCAAUGGGUGUCGUCCCAGAUGUCCAUUCGCUCGUACUCAGCAGUCUCCUCUUACAGCGGGACGGACGUAUUGCUGAGUGCCGGGCGUGUAGCCAUGUUAAUUGGACCUCAUACACCCCUUGUCGGGGAGCCUCUACAAGCAUCUUGUAUAGCCCAUACCUAUGACUUCUAUAAGCCGGACUUGAAGCGCGAGCACCCCGUUGUUGACGGUCAUUAUUCAUCCCGGUGUUACCUCCAGGCGUUGGGUGCUACCAACGAUACCCAGGCUAAGAUACGCAAUCGAAGAACCAGCGAGGGUGACGAAGAUGGUCCUCUUUCUACCAAGCUUCCGGUGGACGAAUUUGACUUCUUUGUCUUCCAUGUGCCACAUUGCAAACUAAUAGCGAAGGCAUAUGGUCGGCUCCAUGACAAUGACUUCCUAGCCGUACCCGAAAACCCACUAUUCAGUCCCAGGAACAACUUUUCGAUAAUUCGCAGAGAACCCUACGAGGCGUCCUUCGACUACGAAGCUCUAGAGAGAUUAUUCACGGAGUUUUCGCCAGCAAGAUACCGAGCAGUGAUCUUCUCGGUCCCGGGAUUGGGGCAUUCAGCAUCGGGGGCUCACAGCCGAAAGAGCGUUUCUGUGCAGUUCUACGAGGUACGCGGCCUGAGAACCUCGUUUUUAGUAAUCGUGCGUAGGCGCGACAUGCACGGACUAGGAGCUAAGAUGGCAUCGAUGUGUCGGGUGCGUGAAGGCGCAAACCAGCAGACGAACUACACGCCGGUGGACAAUAUCGAGACCCUUGCCAAGGGUACAUACUAUCUCACCGGGGUCAAUGCUAUGUUCCGGCGUGCGUAUGCAGUUAGGCAAUACUAG